AUGUCUGACGAUCUUAUUCAAGAGAGUUCCAAGCACUCGCACCCAGAAUCUCCCCAGCGCCCAUCCAAAGUCGCCAAAAUAAACGGCGAAGAUUUCACUGACGGCGCCGAGGAGGACAAGGAAGAAGAAGAGAGAAAGCUAAUCGAAAAGAAUAUGAAUCCGAACCCUAGAUUACAGAGAUAUUUAGUUGCUAUUGAGUACAUUGGUACCCGAUUUUCGGGUGCUCAACAACAGUCUAAUUGCAGGACCGUCGUCGGUGUUCUGGAGGAGGCAUUUCAGAAAUUUAUUGGACAGCCAGUUUCAAUUUUUUGCUCAAGUCGAACUGAUGCGGGAGUUCAUGCGUUAUCAAAUGUGUGCCAUGUGGAUGUCGAGAGAAUAAGCAAAAGAAAACCUGGUGAAGUGUUACCACCUCAUGAACCUUCAGUGGUUAAAAGAGCUGUUAAUCAUUUUCUACAGAAAAAUGGUGGUGAUAUGAUGGUGAUUGACGUCCGUUGUGUUCCAUUUAAUUUUCAUGCUCGAUACAAAGCUCAAGAACGCACGUAUUUCUAUCGUUUGUUAACUGGGAAGGAGCUUUUGUCAACCUUUGAGAAAGACAGGGCUUGGCAUGUGCCUGAGGAACUUGAUCUUCUAGCUAUGCAGGAAGCAUGCAAAAUACUUGUUGGACGUCAUGAUUUUAGUUCUUUCAGGGCUGUUGCAUGUCAGGCUAAGUCUCCCAUCAGAAAUCUUGAUGAACUAAAUGUUACUGAGGUCGGUUCAAGCCCAUCUUUUCCUUCAAUCACAGAGAGAGAACAAAGUUAUUUUGCUGCAGAAGAUUCAUUUUCACUCUCGAACAGAUCAAAGAUCGAUCCUUGUGUUUCUGGAAGCUUCAAUCAACUGAAUGUAGGAAAUUCCAUUGUUAGUCAAGGAUUUGGCACAAGGAAAAAGAACCGUUGCUUUGUGGUGACUGCCAGAGCACGCUCUUUUCUCUACCACCAGGUCAGAUUGCUAGUUGGGGUUCUUAAAGCAGUUGGCAGUGGUGAUCUAACAGUACCCGAUGUUGAUCGCAUCCUCAAAGCAAAGACUGUAACUGCUGCAAGUCCUAUGGCACCCGCAUGUGGUCUAUACCUUGGGCAUGUGAAGUAUGAUCUGCCUUCAGAUGUAUGA